AUGGUGCUGGGCAAGCACAGACUAGGUGUGGGUACACGCCCCAAGCAACGUCUUUGGGAACGACUUGGUCUCUGGUCGAACCCCGAAUCCCAAACUAUGGUAAUGAACGCCAUUCGAAGAGUUCACGAUAACGAGUACAAUGCCUUUACUGAUCUUUGUCAGUAUUACCGACAUCAUGAUCCGACUAAUUGGGGACUCGAUCCACCAAGUGACCCCAAUUGGCAACCACCGGCACCAACAGUGGCACCAGCAGUGGCACCAGCAAAGACGGCAGCAAAUAAAGUGACAAGUACUGCAGCAACUCCGGCAGGGAAAACGGCAGGGAAGACGGAAAGGAAGACGGCAAGGAAGAAGGCGUCACCAGAAUCAACACCAGAACCAACUGCAACACCGGAAUCAAUAACAGAGCCAACAACAGAAUCAGCACCAGAAUCAGAGUCAUUGCCCGCACGGAGAUCAGCACUGGCAUCAGUAUCACGACGCAAACGAGGUUUGGAUACCACAUACGAUGAUGAUUAUGAUGAUGGUGAUGAAAUUCCACCCCGAAAGAGGCUAGCAUUUGGGGAGAUGCCAGAGUACCCAAACUUACCAGAUCCAAGGAGGUUGCGUGUUCAGGGGCAAGAGGCUAUCCUAGGACUGAGAUUGAUGGAGCAAGAUGUUGCUGUGGAAGAUAUUGGUAUGGAAGAUAUUUCUGAUGAAGAGGAAAUUCCUAUAGACCCAGAGCUUUUAAGGGAAGAGGAACUCUAG